AUGACCUUGCGACCUGCACUUGCUACGGCUAGCUUUGGAACCCGCGGAUCCCUCAUUUCAAACGUUGAUCAUCUGGUUCACGGGCUACAUGAUCAUGUUGCUCAUUUACAGAGCCCAACUAUCCAUUCUACUCUUUCCGUCAGACUUUCUCUUGACAAGUCUGGACGUGAAUACUCUGAUAAUAAUUGCGGUGACGUCAACAAUGAUUCACCAAUCAAUGAGGGUUCAUUUUCUGCUGACCAUAAUACAUGUUCGUCGACAGGGGUUACAGUGCUUCAUCUAUAUGCGCCUCCUAAGUGCCUCGAUAAUCUUCCUCUUGUCUCGGACAUCUUCCUUAGUCUUCCUAGGAGUGCUGAUCUGGGGCUUCGCCUAAAAUUUGCUGAUAUGGUUGUAGGACAGUGGCUUUGUCUGCCUGUUGUUUCUGCCGGACUUCGUUGGUCUUCUAGUGAUCCAUCUAAGUUGAGGCUUAUCGACACAUCGGAGCCUGCUUCGCACGGACACCAUGCUCCUGUUUAUCUAUUGGCCCUUCAGCCAGGACUGGUUUACCUUUUGCUUGGUCUUGCUGAUGCCACUAAUCACUCAAAUAUUUUAGGCGAUGGGGUUCAUACUAACCGUGCUAGUAUGCACUCUUCGCAAAGGAAAGACCUGCAUGAAUUCACUCUAUCUUCCGAUUCAGUUGAUGCCCCCCAAUUGCUCCAUGAAAUUUCCAUUGCAGCACUACCAAUAUUACCUGCUCACUCAGUCUACCCAUCUGAAGUCCACCCGCGUCUUUUGGUUUUAGAUAGUUUUGGUGCAACUGUCGCAGAUACGAUUACUCCCCUCUCUGAUUCAAUGGAGACAAAGACUACAUAUACGUCAUCUAUGAAAUCUUUCCGUGAUAGCAUCGCUUUAUCGUCUCGCCAGCCAUGGGCUCGUUCUUCGGAGCCAGGGAAUCUGGGUUAUACUGCCAUUCGCUUGGCCCUAGUUCUUCCGGAACAUUCGGCAUCGCCCUCGCCUAGCGAUACAAGGUAG